AUUAUAUAAACACUGAAAUUAGUUCUUUUAAUGUUAAAUUUAAUUUAUAUUAUUUUUUUAAUCACUUAUGUUUAUAUGUGUUUAUACAUACACGACGUUCGCAUAAACACCUUCUAUAUAUAGUAUGUAUAUACAUCAUUCGAUGUUUACAAAGAUGGCGCUGAUCAUGUAAAGUCAAAGUAUUGCUUGCGUGUGCAUGUGUUUAUAGGUUCACCGCGUAAGGUUUUUUUAUGUGUGCAUUGAUCCUCGAUUGAAAUUUCAUGUAAACUUAAAAAGCAAAAAUGGAUAUAUUUAUAAAAUUAAAUGAACAAACAGCAGGUAGAGAUAAAAUUAUCAGAUUGCUGCAAUAUGGAAGUAGAGCUUAUUGGUAUUAUGCGCAAAAUAUAAACAGUACAAGACAGUCUUCUGAUGUUCUACGCAGCUUGGAAUAUACUUUUAGUUCUUUUAGAAAAUUACUUCGUCUUGGAAGAUGUUUGGAUAGCUUUUAUUUGGCUCUGUCAACAAUGAGAUAUCCAGAUUUAAUAGUAAGAGUCACUUUGACUUUAUCCAAAAUUGCCAACGCUUUGUUCCUUUUAGCGGAUCAUAUUAUUUGGUUAGGUCGUGUAGGAAUUUUCCGUGUUGACAUAGAAAAGUGGAGUAAAGUUGCUAAUAAAUAUUGGUUAAUGAAUAUUAUAUUAAAUUUAACGAGAGAUGUCUAUGAAAUCGUCAAAAUAUAUGAACAAGAAAAAUUCCAUUCGUGUAAGAAAAUUUCAACGGUACUUAAAUGUAAAUCGGUUGAUCAAUACAACGCAUUGUUAUGUUUGAAAGAUCACAAAGACAUUGUUAUGGAUGCACUUAAAAAUGGAUGCGAUUUAUUUAUCCCAUUGACAGCAUUAGGUUACACUAAGUUAACGCCUGGAAUUAUAGGCAUCUGUGGAUUGGUCUCUUCCAUGCUAGGAAUUUAUAUAUUAGUAAAUCCUUUGUAUAAAUUAAAGCCAUCGUAACCAAUGCUCCAAUAUAUACAUUUAAUGUAAGUUGUAAAAUGUAUCAUAGACGUACCAUUCUUUAUGAUUUUAUUGAACAAUUUUUAUUAAAUAAUUUCGAAGACUA